UUCAUUCCAGAAGCUUGACGUCUCGGAGUAAAGCCAUGGAUAUGGUUAUUUUGUUGUACGCUUGUUUUCAUCUUUGCGCGGUAGUAUAUGGUCUAACAAACACGUUCGUUUAUGAGUUAUACUCAGAAAAUGAAAUAAAUGGAAAUGCUAUUUCUAGUUACGAUACAAACUCUGUACAGGCAUGUGUUACCCUAUGUGACAUGUCUGGUUGUUUGUCGGUAAAUUUCCAUAAAGACGAUGGAAAAUGCGUCCUUACUGAUUAUUAUCCAACCGAUAAUACAAAAUCGGGGGAACCAAAACUCGGCUGGAAAAUCUACUUCCGAAGACAAUUUGAUAUCAAACUUUUAGAAGGAGCAGUGGCAUGGCAAUCGUCUACACUGGUCUGGGGAGGUAAACCUGAAUCGGCUGACCGUGCUAUUGAUGGUUACAGUGAUGCUGCCAGCACGGCAGACACAUGUUCACACACAAAUAGUGGUGACAUAAAUUACUGGGCAGUGGAAUUUGGUACACCUGGUCCCGUGAAGGAGGUUGAAAUAUACUUCCGGAAUUUUUGUUGCUAUUAUCACAGGAACACCAACUUCACAAUCACUGUAUCAAAUAGCCGUGUUGAUGUCCUUAACGACAACGGGAAGCUUUGUAGAACGUACUUUGGUCCAGCUGUUGACAAAGAACCAUUUCACCUCACCAUACCAUGCAUUAACACAAUCUAUGGGAAGUUCUUGAAAAUCAAACACGAUGUGGCGGAUGUGUUGAUAUUGUGCGAAGUCGUUGUGAAAACUCCGUAA